GGGAAUUAUCAGCCAUUGUUCGUGUAUUUACAUUCCAAUGUCGUCUCUUUUUUCCCCUGUUGGCGUGACUGUUGAUUAUCUAUGGAUCGGGAAGUUGACUGGAAAUUGUGUGAGGGACAAACUUCCUGCUGGGAACUUAGCUUUUCUAGAUCGUCAUAAAAAAAUAAACUUGAUUUUACGACAGUUGAGGCCAUGAUGACAUUCUGUGGAUAGAUCGUUAUUGCCAGACCAUGGAUAUAAAAGGCUCAAGAUCCAACCCAGCCAAACAGUGAGCAGAAAACAUUUAGCUACCUCUUCGACGGAUGCUCCACAGAAAACCGUUUGCGCUGCCAUUCUCCUACGUCUAUAAAGUAUAUUUGCAGUGAUAAUAAACCCUCACGAUUUACCGACCUUCCGCCAAAGCACUCACUGUGCAGCUUAAGUCUACAGCCAUCCCUGGAAACCACUGAGUAGUUAAAGGGUUGCUAAGCGAUAAAUUGGCCAAUCAAGAGAACUAACUGCUAUUGACUAGAGCAACGACUGUACAGAUGCCAAAACAUGGAAUUAUUUUUUGAAUGAGCAGAAAUUCCGAUGGGUCGAUAGUGAUCAGUCACAGUGAACCUAGAUUUAAGGUAUUUGUGAAUGGAACCUUAUAACUCUGGUAUCUAGUGAAUAUGGGUCCUCCGCCAGUUCUGAACUCACAGCUCUGUGUUUGGAUAUUACCACAACAGGGGAAGCUUUAAAAAAGGAAAAUGAGUGGUUCCUCAUCUGCCAAGAAGGCAUCAUCAGAUGGAGGUGGACAGGAUGAGGAUGAGGAGAGACUUAAGACAUUGGUUCAACCCAAGAAGAAGAAGAAAAGAACACCUGUAGGAAUCAAUGUCUUGCCAACAAAAUAUGAAGUUGUACGUAUGGUUGCUCAGAAAUAUGGAGUUCAUUCAACAAAAGAAGAUGAUCCAAACUGCUUUUUGUACUGGAGUGACACAGCGCCCCCAUCAGAGAAAAUUUCUGAACUCAAGUCAUACCAGAGGGUCAACCACUUUCCUGGUAUGGGUGAAAUAUGCAGGAAAGAUUCUCUUGCAAGGAAUAUGUCAAAAAUGGUCCGAGCCCAUCCAGAGGAGUACAACUUCGUUCCAAAGACCUGGAUCUUCCCAUCUGAGUACAACACCUUCCAGAAUUACUUUUUGGAUCUCAAGAAACGCAAGAAACAUCGGACAUUUAUCGUCAAGCCAUCGAAUGGCUCCAUGGGCAACGGGAUCUCCCUCUAUAGGAAUGGAGAGCGCAUCCCACCCACUGAACUCACCAUAGUGCAGGAGUAUUUGGAUAAACCAUUCCUCUUGGAGGGGUAUAAGUUUGAUCUGAGGGUGUAUGUCCUGAUCACUUCAUGUGAUCCACUCAGGAUAUUUCUAUUCAACGACGGACUAGUACGAAUGAGCACAGAGAAAUAUUGCAACCCCAACGAUAGCAAUGUGGAUCAGCUGUACAUGCACCUGACUAAUUACUCCAUCAACAAGAAAAGCGGUAACUUUGAGAGGAGCGCUGACGUCAACACAGGAAGUAAACGCUCUAUCAAGUUUUUGAAUGACUACCUUAGAAAGAACGACUACGAUGUCACGCUCAUGUGGAAAAAGAUCGCUGAUGUAAUUAUUAAGACGAUGAUUGUAGCUGAGCCUCAUGUACUUCAUUCUUAUCGGAUGUGUCGUCCCGGUCAGUCGUCAGGGAGCGACAGUUGCUGCUUUGAGAUCUUGGGAUUUGAUAUCAUGCUGGAUCGGAAACUCAAACCAUGGCUUAUAGAGAUUAAUCGAGCUCCAAGUUUUGGCACAGAUGAGAAAAUCGACUUUGAUAUAAAGCAUGGCGUCCUGACGGAUACGUUCAAACUCCUGAACAUGAAGCAGUCCGAUAAGAGGAAAGGAUUAGCAGCUCAGAAAGCCGAGGCACAGAAACGUCUCCUUAGACCCGCAAAGAGAUCAUCCGUUGAGCUCCCGGACAAUGAGAAACAGAAGGCAGCCAUCGAGAAGAGGAAACAGGAACUCAAAGAAAAAUUAGUCCAGGUUCGGCGAGACAACGCAAGGGAGGACUACGAGAAUCGCAACAUGGGUUCCUUCCGUAGGAUCUAUCCUCCUCAAGAUAAGAUGAGUCAGGACGGAUAUUACACUCUACUGACCGAUGCCUUCCAGUUGUUCCUGUCAGGGAGGGCGGCUGCUCUGCAGAGAGAUGCUUCUCAGGCCUAUAACAAUAGUCUUAGGGAGGAAGAUAUUCUUGAUAUGUUACAGCAGUUUGAUACGUCGGCAGGGCACCAGGGAAUGGCAGCUAGAGGACCAAAGCCACUUUCUUGCAUGCCAAGCAUCUCCGAUCAAGUCCCGGAAGACGAAGAGGAAGAAUACGACGAGAGCAUGUCUUGCGAGCUCUCUCUCCCGGACUCCACUCAAGAAUCCAUCAGCAGUAACAACUCCACCAUGAACAACCAUCUCCCGAGGCCCUCGCGCUCGCUCACCCGCGCCAUGCAGGCUACACCGAUGCUUAAACAGCGCCCUCAAUCAGCUAAGGGACCAAAGUCGCGACCCCAGUCGGCAGUGAAGGGAGGCGGAGCGACAACCGCUGGCGUCAGGUCACGGUCUCUGACCAGACCGAUGUCAUCUAUUGGAAGGAAGCUGUCCGGAAUGAGCCUCAAUCAAGCCAUGGAUGAUGCGUUGGCAACCGCUGCGGCUAAAGAGAGAGAGGAAGAGACAAUGAAGAGGACAUUCAACGCUUUGAACGACAUGAGAAUCAAAUUCCCUGGGAAGACGGAUGAAGAGGCAGAAUGGGUCUUAUCACAGAUACAUGAAAACUGGAAGUUCCACAAGCCUCGGAUAGCAUCCUACUGGCUGGUGAAGUUGGACUCCAUCAAGAGACGUAAAGUCAUCGACAUUGUCAGGUCUAACGUGAGGGCUCUUCUGCAGCGGACUUGGCGUUCCAAUGACGUUGAUAAUCUCAGAUUGUAUCGGAUCUUCACGCGAGUCUUCAACAGACUUCUUUGGAGUCAUGGUCAGGGAUUGUGGAACUGCUUCUCAAGCACAGGAAAUUCCUGGGAGAUGAUCUUCAGCAAGAGCUCAGAUGUGAUCUCUAGUACCGAGAUGAGUUGCAGCCGUCGUAUCGUCCAGCUCUGUCGAGACUGUCUACUCAUUGUCUAUCAGUUUGCUGCAGAGGCCAAAGGUCAAACUGCACCCACCGUUGCCAUGGGUGAUGGAUCAGCGCAAAGGCCUGUCCAGCUGAGACCAUCCAGCCUAAGGAUGAGCACAUGGAAUAGCUCCAGUAGUCCCACGGUCAUGACGCCGAUCAGCCAACGGAUGUCACGCCUCUACCCUAGCUUUACCUUGGACAAUUCAUGAGAGCACGAUGUAGGGCCUUGAAAGAAGACUACCAGUAAGAGUUCUCAGUUUUUUAGCGCUGAGGAUUUGAACUGUUGACGCCGAUCAGCCAACAAAUGUCACGCCAUUGUCCUAGCUUUACCUUGGACAAUUCAUGAGAGCACGAUGUAGUGCCUUAAAAGAAGACUACCAGUAAGAGUACUCAGCCAACGAAUGUCACGUCUUUACCCUAGCUUUUCCGUGAACAAUUCAUGAGAGCAUGAUGCAGUGCCAUGAAAGAAGACUACUAAUGAUGGUACUUGGUUUUGUAGAUCAGCCAAUGAUUGUCCAACGCCUUUACCCUGGCCUUUCCUUGAACAAUUCAUGAGAACACGAUGAAAGUCCCUUGAAAGAAGACUAUGAUGGUACUUGGUUUUGUAGAUCAGCCAAUGAAUGUCACACCUCUCGCUCGCCAACUAGCUUUUCCUUGGACAAUUCAUGAGAGCACGAUGCAGUGCCUUGAAAGAAGACUAUUUGUGAUGGUACUUGGGUUUGUCGAAAUGAGGAUGAACUUUUGAGAGGGAACUGCUUGGGAAGUUCACGGUCGCUCGAUUAAAAAACUGAACAUGUCCCCAUUUUUUGUAGGGUUUGCCUGAUCAUAGAUGAACAGUGCAGUUUCUAAUAAUGCAUUUUGAUAUUUACAUACAGACUUGUUACAAAUUGCACUUGCAUUGGAAAAUCUCAUAGUCUAUGGGAAACUUUUGAAGGGGCACCAAGGCCAAGACCAGGGGCGACAGAGGCCAUGAUACAGUAACUAUAACAACUAUAACAGGACUGCAGCUUUGCACUUGUAAGGGCAAU